GGCGCGGUGAGAGGUGGCCGGUGAGUACCGCGGUAUGGGGCUCCGCAAGAAGAGCGCCAGGAACCCUCCGGUGAUGAGCCACGAAUUCAUGGUGCAGAACCACGCGGACAUGGUCUCCUGCGUGGCCAUGUUCUUCGUGCUCGGGCUCAUGUUCGAGGGUACCGCCGAGAUGUCAAUCGUGUUCCUCACUCUGCAGCACGGCGUCGUCGUUCCUGCGGAGGACCUGCUGUCGGGGUCCAAGACCCUGUACUAUUACGGGGUCAAGGACCUGGCCACCGUAUUCUUCUACAUGCUGGUGGCCAUCAUCAUCCAUGCCACCAUUCAGGAGUAUGUGCUGGAUAAGAUCAGCAGGAGGAUGCAGUUCACCAAAGCGAAACAAAACAAAUUAAACGAGGCGGGGCAGCUGAGUGUGUUCUAUGCUGUGUCUGGUAUCUGGGGCAUGAUCAUUUUGACAUCCGAGAACUGCCCUUCAGACCCCACUCUCUUGUGGAGGGCUCAUUCCCACAACAUGAUGACAUUUCAGAUGAAGUUUUUCUACAUCUCACAGUUUGCUUACUGGUUCCAUGGUUUUCCAGAGCUCUACUUCCAGAAAAUCAGAAAGCAAGACAUCCCAGGUCAACUCAUCUACAUUGGUCUCCACCUCUUUCACAUUGGGGGAGCGUACCUGCUGUACUUGAACCACCUGGGGUUGCUGCUGCUCAUGCUCCACUAUUCUGUUGAGUUCCUUUCCCACAUGUGUGGUCUGGUUUACUUCAAUGAUGAGCGCUACCAGAAAGGUCUGUCUCUGUGGGCCGUUGUAUUUAUUUCAGGAAGACUUUUGACACUGAUUGUCUCAGUGGUCACAGUUGGCCUUCACCUGGCUGGACCUCAAACUCAGAAUAUCGAUGCCCUUUCUGGAAACGUUAAUGUGUUGGCGGCUAAGAUCGCUGUUCUGUCCUCCAGUUGCAGUAUCCAGGUGUACAUAACAUGGACAUUAACUACCGUCUGGCUUCAGAGACGGAUAGAAGAUACUAACAUUCACCCCGUGAGGAAGAAGAAACGAUUCAGAUCUAGAAAAGGAACAGAAAAUGGAGUGGAGAAUCCUAACAGAGUAGAUUAUCCCCCAAAGCGGAAAGAGAAAUCUUCAUAAUGAGUGGCUAGCUAAUUGAGUCUCUUCUCCAGAGGAAUCGACUCUUUACUAUGUGCUUUUUCUGUGCUGGCGAUGUUUUUGUCUUUCGAAUAUUGUUUGCUCCGUGAAUAUUGCUACUGUGUUGUUUAAUGUAUUCUUAAGGCUUUGGAGCAUUAGGAGUGGAAGAAAAAAUAUGAAUAAAGUACUUACCCUCAAAGUACUGUCAAAAUAGUUAGGGAUCAACACCAUAUUUUGUUUAGAUUUUUACUGCAAAUAUUUUCCAAAUGAUUUUUUGAUGAUGACUACAGAAUUGUGCAUAUAAGUAAAACAAUUUCACACCCUGCUGAUCCUUACUGAGUUGACAAGAUCGUGAUAGCGAAGUUGUUUUCUUAAUAUUCUCUUGCAGGAUAGAGUGGAAAAUCUGAUAAAGGUGGAAGCCAAAUCAGUAUUACCUAAUUGUUAAGAUUAUUACCUUUUGAAUUUACAGCUGAGAAAAUAUUUGUAAAACCACCAAAAUAAUCAUGUUUGUUAUUUUAAAGGUAGUAAUUGUUAGUGCUACAUCUCAAUUAAAGAAUCAAAAUAUGACUAGAUAUCAUGUAUGAAGAUUUAUUGACAGUUAUUGAACUGAAGUGUCUUUAAUAAAUAUGACCAUAUUACUGAAGAUGUAAGAUCAUUCCUGUCCAUUUUAAACACUUGUAAAUGAAAUCUCACAAAAUUAAAUAUUUCUGAUAAAAGAAAACAGAUUUACUCUUAUUCUCACUGUAGAUUCAUAAAUUUGGUAACAGCAGCAUAUCAGAAAAAUAUUUGAUCUAUAAUCUGUUUUGAAAAAUAGUGCUUUAUUUGUCUAUAUAAAGAGAAUGUCUGCUAAUUAAUACAAUUAAUUGGGAAAAUAUUUGUGUAUUAAACUUCAUUUGAAUGAAGUGAACCAAUAGAUUCAUGAAAAUUUUAAAUGAUGUUAUUAUAGCUUUAUUUUGAUCUUUAAUUGGGAAACAUCUAUACAGAACAAACUUUUUGGUUAUAUAUAUGCAUGUAUGUGUAUAAUUUGUAUCUUUACCAGGGGCCAAUAGGAAUAAUGAGCUGUAGAAAGUAAAUAAUUGCAUGUCUUCCCUCAAUCCCCCAUGUUGAUUUCCAUGCUAUGAGGUUCUUAGGUUUUCAAGGGUGUAGUAACUGGGAGGUUACUACAAGGGUGUAGUCCUGGAAGGACUCAGGAUGAAGGCCAUAGUACCAUGCUGGGCUGAGGCUGCACAUUUCCUGCUCUUCUAUGGUUUCUCCUCAUGUCUCUCUGCUUUUGAUAACCUUUUAGGUGUGUUAAAGAUUCAGUUUUUCAAAAACGAGUUUCUUAAAAAUUUGAACUGGUAUAACAUCUCAGACUACAGAUAGAACCAACACUUAUUGGAAAACUUUCUUUUCUCCUCUUCCUGCCUUAAAAGAUAAGCAACAAAGUAAGAUUUCUUUCUUUAUGGAUAUAGAACUGAUUAUUUUUAUCCCCUUUUCUUCUUACCUUGAGGUGUUGAUAACAUAUGCUCUGAGUUGCAAAGUAACUCACAUUUUAAUCAGCUGUUGUACAACUAUAAAACAAAUUUUCAACUUUUUACAUGACUCAGAACUUAUAUUCCUCAUCUUUAAAGCAUCUAGCCUGUUACUUGUAACCCCACUCUUUGUAACAGAUUUCUUAUGUAAU